AUGAUAGUCUCGAGUGAAAAUAUAUUUGACCUUCAGACAACGAAAUGGCCAUUCAAACGAUUGAGCAGAGAAUUUCCAAUGUUGGCUGGCCAUUCCUUUGUAAGAUUGUCUCUGUCUACAACUCAAACCUCUCCUCACGAAGAGGGACACGAAAUCGCCCCCAAUGGGAGUCAUGCGAGCCCACUCAAUCUCGACAUUCUCCCGUCCAUCCGCAGUUUGUGGAUGAUUCUCCCUUAUCGUCUUCUAUCUCAUCUCCCAUCGCAGCCUAGGAUGACACGAGGCGACCCCGAAUCUGCCAUCGAAGGGUUUUCCCGCAACUUUGGAGACCGCUUGCCUCUUCGCGCCUCCUGCGGUAGACUUUCGUGCUCGGGAAGCGGCCUUCCUGGGAGCUUUCUUACGUGCCGGCACACGCACUCACUCGGUGCCACAGCUAAGAUGACUCUUACGGGCUUCUCAAUCCUAUUACACCCCAGGAAGAGCCCGACAACGUUCUGCUGCGCCAGAUAG